AAACGGUUUGUUUUUCCUCUCACGUAUUUGCUAUGGCUGCUGGUUUGCUUGCUGUGUGAAAAAGUAGAAAUUUUUCAUUAAAAUGGAUGUUUUCGGGAAUGAAAACUAUCGAAGGUGCUAGAUAAAAGUGCGAGUGUUUGGCUACAUUUAGUGUUUGCUGUACAGUGGUAUUGAUAAUUGAGUUAGGACCGUUUUUCACUUCAGCUGGGCUGAUCGCCAUUAGCAGACAGUAAGCGAGCCAUAGCAGAGGGGGCAGAGCGCCAACUCACUAGUUACAGACGGAAUCUGUUUUGUAUUAGGUUUGGCCGAACGGUUACUACGAGUCGGGGUUUAGUGGUGUAUGCUAUCUUUCAUCCAGUACACAUUAAGCGCCAUGAGCAAUCUAAGCAAUAGUCACAACAGUAACACUGGAAGCAGCCAGAAUUCAGCUGCUGAAGGCACAAUGGAAAGGGGAAGCUGUAUCUUAGUUCGAUAUGCCAGUCAAAAUUCUCUGGACGAAAGUUCCCAGAAGCAGCUACCGAGAUCGAAUGGAAAAGACAAAGCAACUGGAGCUUAUCGUAACAAUGUACACACUCAAAGAUCGUUUGAUGCCAUGAAUAAUAUGCGAGAGCAAAAUCUACUUUGUGAUGUGAUACUGGUUGCAGAUGGCAUCGAGAUUCCAGCGCAUAAAAUGGUGUUAGCCUCGUGCAGCCCGUAUUUUUACGCCAUGUUUACUGGUUUCGAAGAAAGCCGCCAGGACCGAAUCACGCUGCAGGGUGUUGAUCACCGUGCGCUGCAACUGCUGAUUGAAUAUGUUUACACAUCUGUGGUGGAAGUUACCGAAGAUAACGUUCAGGUUCUGCUGACGGCAGCCAAUUUGCUGCAGUUGACCGACGUACGUGAUGCUUGCUGUGAUUAUUUACAAACCCAGCUUGAUCCUAGCAAUUGCUUAGGCAUAAGAGACUUUGCCGAUAUACAUGGCUGCAUUGAUUUGCUCAACUACGCUGAGACAUACAUCGAACAACACUUUUCGGAAGUUGUUCAGUUUGAGGAAUUUCUGAAUCUCACGAGCGAGCAAGUAGCUAAUUUGAUUAAAAGCGAUCGUCUGUCGGUUCCGUCCGAGGAGAAGGUUUACGAAUGUGUAAUAACCUGGAUUCAGUAUGACAUCGCCAGUCGUCAAUCGUGUCUGGCGGAUCUGAUGGAGCACGUACGGUUACCGUUACUUUCCCAGGAAUAUCUGGUCCAGCGAGUGGAAAAAGAACACUUACUGAAGGGUGAUAUUCAGUGCAAAGACUUCAUAAUCGAAGCACUCAAGUACCAUUUGUUGAAGGGUGAACAGAAAACAUCAUUUAAAACACCUAGAACCGUUCCCCGGCAACCAGUAGGACUGCCAAAGGUUCUACUGGUCAUUGGUGGACAAGCACCGAAAGCAAUCCGUUCGGUUGAAUGUUACGAUCUGCGAGAGGAACGUUGGUAUCAAGUAGCCGAAAUGCCCACUAGAAGAUGCCGAGCCGGACUGGCUGUCCUCGGGGACAAAGUGUACGCCAUAGGAGGCUUCAAUGGGUCCCUGAGAGUUCGUACGGUUGACGUUUAUGAUCCAGGCCAAGACCAGUGGAGUACCUGUAACAGUAUGGAAGCCAGACGAUCCACAUUAGGAGUAGCAGUUUUGAACAAUUGCAUUUUCGCUGUUGGAGGGUUCGAUGGAUCGUCUGGAUUAAGUUCUGCCGAAAUGUUCGACCCGAGAACGCAGGAGUGGCGUUUGAUAGCAUCGAUGUCGACCAGACGCAGCUCAGUUGGAGUUGGAGUUGUUUAUGGGUUGCUGUAUGCCGUUGGUGGUUAUGAUGGAGCUUCACGGCAGUGUUUGGCUUCGGUUGAACGUUAUAAUCCUACUCUGGAUACAUGGACUCAAAUUGCCGAGAUGUCUGAUCGUCGAAGCGGAGCAGGAGUGGGUGUAUUGGACAAUAUUUUGUACGCUGUUGGUGGUCACGAUGGGCCACUGGUACGGAAGUCGGUAGAAGCCUAUAACGCAGAUACUAAUACCUGGCACAAAGUGGCCGAUAUGGCUUUCUGUCGACGAAAUGCCGGGGUAGUUGCCCAUAAGGGCAUGUUGUUUGUGGUGGGUGGUGAUGACGGCAGUUCGAACUUAGCUUCCGUGGAGGUUUAUACACCCGAAACAAACACCUGGAGAGUGCUGUCGUCAUCGAUGAGCAUCGGCCGCAGUUAUGCCGGUGUAGCAAUGAUAGAUAAGCCUAUGUGAAGCGAACAGCAGGGCGCUACCGCCGCCAUGGCAGCAAGCAGCUCUAGGUAUGCGAAUUGUUCGAACAAUGGUAAUGCAGCGAAUAAUCAAAACAACGAUGAUGAAAACAGUCAAGCUGAAGGGCUGAACUCGGAAUCUGGUGCUGUAGGUUAUAAUCAGGUCGCAAACAAUAACAAUAAUAAUAACAACAACAACAACAAUAAUAAUAACGUACACUACGAAAAUAUUUACGAGUCAAUUGAACAAUACGCUGCUGCCGCGAAUGCUGGUGUGGCUGCGGUCGCCCCUGCUGUUGCUCAAAAUAAUCCUGGAAUCAUUCCACCGCCAUCCCACGGUGUCUUUUUGAAUCAACAACCCCAACCAGUUCAACCGGGGCCUUCGGCGGCUCCGAUUCUUCUGGGACAACGAAAUAACAUGCAGCCUCUGGGUGCUGCUGGUGUAUGUCCACCUCCCCCACCAUCCAGUAUGCUACAAAUGCAGCAACAGUACCACCCAUUGGCCUAUCGCAAUGAGUUGUACGAUCGAACUGCCGGGUACGAUGUCCCGCGUGGAUGUCCCCGGAGCAACUAUUACCAAAGCCAACAGCCUAUGGGAACUGUCCCACGCUAUCAAAAUUUACAUUUGGAUUUAAAUCGCCCUCGAUGCCCUCCUCCGAACGCCAUACGAACCCCGCGACAGAGAAGUUUCGAUGAUACCGAGUCUUACCAAUACUAUCGAUACCAAAAUAAUUUCACCAAGUAUGAUAACGUGUACGAACGUGUCCGAGAAGAACCUGCUUAUCAGAACACGGGAACUUUUGGCACAACGAACGGAGCAGGAUCUGCCAAUCGGGGAAUCUUUGGAAGGUUAGAUGUCAUAGGCCAUGGAGUAGGUCGUAUCGAACGUCAUCUGAGUUCAUCGUGUGGAAAUAUCGAUCACUACAGUUUAGGAGGAAACUAUGCUGUUCUGGGUCACAGUCACUUGAAUCCUUUGGGAAACAUAAGAAUGAAUCCUUCGUUGAAUAAUCAACCGAAUGUUUGCAAGGAUUCAUCGUCGGUCAACGUGAAGAGUUUUUUCAGUUGUUUAGGUGGGGAAAAUUCUCAGUCGAUGAAUAAUGUUAGCAAGAAUGGCCCUGUAGCUCAGUCAAAUACUUCUAAUUCCACUGUGAACGGCGAAGCUGGGACCAGUGGAUUACCACUGCAAGUUUCGAACGGUACUUCAUCGGCGGCAGCAAAAGUGACAGGAACAAUACCAAAAAUUAAAAUUAAAUCUAAGAAAGAGACGGGCGAACAAAGCGAAACUGAUCCACAGAAUGGUCGUGUAUCCAAACCAUCUCUUCAAUGGCUACUGGUGAACAAGUGGCUGCCACUGUGGGUCGGACAGACUCCUCCGGACUAUAAGUUCAUUGAUUUCAAUUUCAUGUUUUCCCGAAAUUGCGACGGUUGCGGUAGCACUACAAACCACCAGGAACUCAUGAGAUUGGAUGGGCAAGCAGAAAUGCGUACCCACGAGUACGGAGAUUACAUUCCGCCUGCUAGAGAAUAUCCCACGAUGAACGGAAGUUACCCACGAGUUCUACGGAAUACCCCUCAGCUUUCGCGUCUGCGUGAGCACGAGUAUGAGAAUGUUCCCGUAGACUCUCCGUCCGGUCGUCUGGAUUACGCUGCUGCCCGCGCGGCUUUAAGCCAUGUGAAUCGAACAAGAUCGGACAGCCCGGCGGGACCGGCAGCAGGAGUAAGACGCGAGGAGCGUGCGAGCUCCAAUGACCCAUUCCGAAAUUGGGCUUUUAAUUUCGAAGAUAACAGCUUUCGGCCGGCUUUGGUUGCUGGACAAAAUGAGACUGUCAGUCCAAGACCGAGAGAAGUUCGCCGUAUAACCGAUGGAACUUUCCGUACUACUGAUUUCAAUUGCUUGGUUCCAAGUCGGGAGCCUUCCAAAGAUUUACCGUCCACCAACGGCGGCACAACUCCGGUAAUCGUGGUUAAUGAUUUGGUUACUCCUUCCACAUCUGGCUCUCCACCAAAGAUCAAGAUAGCUGCAGAAUCGCCGGCUGUAGCCGGGAAAGAAGAAACUCCAUGUUCGAGUUCAUCCGAUUCCGAUAACUUCAUAAUGGACUCCGUAUCCACCUGUGUUAGCGGUGUACCUAAAGAUUGCAAUGAUGGUAGUCAUGGUGCGAAAGCCGCCAUUGAUUCCGGAACCAGCAAAGAUACCACGAAGGACCGAGAGGUCGCUUCUUCUACGGAAACUUCUGAAUCGUUUAACUAUGAAGAAAAUGCGGCCGAUUCAUCCAUCACGGAUGACGACAAUGACAAUGAGGAGAACGUCGAAACUAUCUAAAUCUCGUGCUUUUUUUCAGAGGCUUAACAUUAUCUGAAUAUUUUACCUUCAAGCUCCGAUUGAUUAGUUCGAACUGGAAGCAAUCCUUAGUCAACUUGACCCUGCUUGCUCAAUAUUUAUAUUUAUUCUAUUUAUUAUUCUAUUUACACCAAUCAUCUUUCUUUUACGAAGCACUUUUACGUAAAAGACUAUUUUUUCCGGGAGAAAAUAGCAUUUAUUGGCACUGUUAUUACGCAUCAAGUAGAAGCAUUUAGCGGUUAGUUUUCGCAAAGACUUACUAUUGAAAAAUUACACUGUAAAGACAUGUUACGUACAUCCAAUUAGAUUAAGAAAUUUUCCGAAUGAACAAAUCAAAUGUCGAACAAGACUAACGUAAUUAAUUGUUGUUUGUCGGUUUAGAAGCAAAAGAAAACAAUAAAAAAAAACACAAAUCGUAUGCACUCCAAGUGUUAGGCUAAACAAAACGAUUAUUUCUAAGUUGCAGCCAUUUUUUUCACGUUCCACAUUCUGUACACGUACAAAAAUCAUUAGUUACCGUUAGGUAAUCAGUACACAAAUCUAAGGCACUGUGGUCUCAUUAGUACGAAUAUUACAUGAAGAAUGUCAAUUUUUCGUUCAUGAACAAACGGACAGAAUCUACGAAGCAUAAGUUCAGUACAAACCCCUGUAAUGGUGAGACCUAUCGAAACAACUUUUAUCUCAAUAUUAAGCACCGACAAGGCCAGCAGCAAGUACUUUUAGUCCAGAGUAGAGUGAUAGUAAUAACGGAAAAGGCGCCGAUAGUUAACCCUCUAUCAGUCAUAGUAAGAGUAAAUUUAGGUAUCAGCAACAUAAAAAUGAUUAUCCACUAUUUGCAGAGUAAAAUACCAAUACUCACACCAAUCUAACACUUGCUGUAGUUCUGGUACUUUCUGAAAACUUUGAAUUCCUUAAGUCCUGCCAUUACGGACAAUGAUAAUUGUAUUAUGCAUUGAAAUGAAACGAUAAAUAAAUAGAUUCAACAGU